AUGUCUGUACUCAGAAGUCAUAGGGCUUUCCCUGUCUUGCCCAUGAAGAUGAACAAAUGCAUCCCUUCUAUGUUCUUGUUAACCCUUGUAGAGUACUUCAAGUUAUUGUUCAAAAAGGCAUUCACUCAUCUGGGUCUGCUCAAGCCACCGCCAGAAGAAGAUUAUUAUUCUGCUAAUCAUUUCAGCGGUUAUGUUCUAUUGAUGGACAGUCGAUCUCGUUCCCUAGUUCCAGUCCCUAUCCAAGUUGUGACAGAGAUGAUCAAGCAGAACCUACCGGUUCGUGAAUAUGGCAACUUCAUCGAAAGAUUUGGAGAUGAUCAUGAGCAAGUGGAGAAGAAUACGAUAUGCACUGUAUGCCUAGAUUCAAUGGAGAAAAAUGAUGAGAUGAGAGAGCUCUGCAAGUGUUCUCACGUGUUUCACAAAGAGUGCCUUGAUACAUGGGUAAACGAGGGUCAGGUUACUUGUCCUUUGUGUAGAUCCACCUUGUAUCCAGACCGGAUAGAUUGGACGGGCAGGGCAACAUGUUCAUGGAUCAUUAAUUAA